AUGACGACGACGACGAGCAUCACGCGAGCCGUGCCGCUCGCGCAGCGUCCGUUCGACGCAUUCUUCGUGCUCUUCUUCGCCGUCCACGUGCUCACUGCCGUUCUCAUCGACGCGCAGAUGCUGCUGCCACGUGCCCUCUUCCCAGAGGCGUUACGCCGCGCUGUGACGUGGCACGUCGAGACCUCAGGGGACUUCCUCGUUGGCUCGCCCCAGCCGUGGUUCCUCUCCCUCGUCAUCUCUCAGUUCCUGCUACACGUCCCCUUCUUCCUCGUAGCUAUUUACGCCUUCUGCACUGGCAGGGAGUGGAUCCGCGUGCCGGCUAUUGCCUACUCUGGCAGGGAGUGGAUCCGCGUGCCGGCUAUUGCCUACUCUGGCCAUGCCAUCACCAACAUGGGACCUGCCAUGUCCCUUGCCACGCCCUCCUGGCCCACUGCCACCUCCUGCUCCACCGCCCCUUCCUGUGCCCUCUGCCACCUCCUGCUCCACCGCCCCUUCCUGUGCCCUCUGCCACCUCCUGCUCCACCGCCCCUUCCUGUGCCCUCUGCCACCCUCUUACAAGCACGUCCUCAUUCUCUUUGUAAUCGCAGUGUGUUCAUCUCUCUCCCAUUAGAAGAUAGUACCUCCACUCCACCCUCCUUCCCCACCCCUGCAGAUCCCCAUAUCCCCAUUCUCUCGGAGAUCGCACUGAACCCGAAACCCCUGGUCCACCCGUCAGUAGCUGCUGGCCAUCUACCUCCCCUCCUCGCACUCCCGUGCCUGCUGCUCUCCAUUGCCUCCCUGUUCUCAUCUCCUUCUUCAGCUGCUCCCUAUUGCCUUUCCUCUUUAUCGCCCGCUUCCUCAUUCCUGCAGAUUCCCAUUCUCUCCGAGAUCGCACUGAGCUCAUCCCCCUGGUCCACGCGUCAGAAGCUGCUGGCCGUCUACCUGCCCUUCCUCGCAGUGCCCUGCCUGCUGCUCGCCAGAGUCACGCUGCCUUCGUCUCUCUUCCAUAAGAAAUUCGUGCAUGCCAAGAAAAGGUUGUGA